GUUCGUUUUUCCUCCAAGCUAUGAAACUGGAUGGGUGUUUCUAUAUCACACUCCCAAUUUAGCCGACAAGCUCGAUCCCCCUCUCCCUCCUCACUCGCACCGCGCCGUGUGAGAGACAUUCUUAAAACUUGAGAUUCUACAGAUCAUCACACAGUCGUCGUCUUCCUCAAAAUUCUCUCAUCUCACACACAACGCGCACACUCAGUUGGUCAAGAAAUCUCCCCAAGUUUUUCAAACUCUCAUUAUUAUUGGUCACGGCAACUUUUUGUUUCUGCCGCCAAAGUCUCCUCUGCGUGACCUCCUUCUUCUGUUCUCUUGUUCUUCAUCCAAUUGACCACUUCCUAUAUUCUUGGGCGCAAUUCAAGCAGUCAAAUACAAGGAUCUAAAUCCUUCAUUCGUCUUCAUCAAUUUAGCUUUCAACCUCAAAAGUCACAUGGUAUGUCAUACUUUUUUCUCUGGUGAAAGAGAAGUUCGAUCCAUAUAUGUAUGAUCUUAGCUUAGAUCCUUGAUAUAAGCUCGGUUUAUUAAGAACCCAUUUGCUAAAGUUAAGAUUUUUUACGCAAUAUGUGUUCAGUACUGUAGUAUUAGUGUCAGAUCUGUCCAGAGUGUGUUUUUAUUUGGUGGGGUUGUAGUUUUGAAGAAAACUGAGUGAUUCAGAUUCCAAUAUGAUUAAAUUCGUGUUCACUUCACCGUUUGGACUCUGGGUUUUCUUGUUUGAGAGAAGUCAAUAGGUGUCCAAAAUUUUGAGACUUGGAGGUACUCUGUAGUAAUCAGAAGAGCUAGAAAUUGAUUUUGGUGCAGUGAUUUAAUCAAGAUGCAAACCAUGCAAUCAAGGGUUGUGCCAUUAGAGGAAGGCAAGGACCCCGGAGUUACUAGCAGGACAAACCAAACCAAGGCAUUGCCGAUAAGGCUACUUCAGUUAUUUGUGCUGUUUCUGCUUUUCUGUAUUACUUUCUCAGUCAUUAGCAUAUUCACGAUUCGUCAUUUUGGAAUUAACGGGGUGAUGACAACGGCCACGUCCUCUUUCCAGCCAUGCUAUGAGGAACCGAGUGGUUUGGACCGGUGGAUUAAGCCGCCAUCAAAUCUUCAACACACUAUGACUGAGAAGGAAUUAUUGUGGAGGGCAUCUCUUAUGCCUAGAAUAAAGAAGUAUCCUUUUGAGAGAGUUCCAAAGAUUGCAUUUAUGUUCUUGACCAGGGGGCCGUUGCCUCUGGCACCCCUUUGGGAGAGGUUUCUGAAGGGACAUGAAGGAUAUUAUUCGAUCUACGUUCAUUCACUGCCGUCAUUUCAACCUCAUUUUCACUCUUCGUCCGUUUUUUAUGGGAGACACAUUCCUAGCCAGGUUUCUGAGUGGGGAAGAAUGAGUAUGUGUGAUGCUGAGAGAAGGCUCCUUGCUAAUGCAUUGCUUGACAUAUCCAAUGAACGGUUCAUUCUUGUUUCCGAAUCUUGCAUUCCGCUCUAUAACUUCAGUGUCAUUUACCACUACUUAAUGAAAUCCAAGUACAGCUUCAUCGGUGCAUUUGAUGACCCUGGGCCAUUCGGGAGAGGACGCUAUAAUAAUAACAUGGCACCUGAAGUGAAUAUAACCCAGUGGCGCAAGGGCUCCCAAUGGUUUGAAGUUAACCGGAAGCUUGCCAUCAGCAUUGUCGAAGAUACAACAUUUUACCCAAAAUUUGAAAUGUUCUGUAGACCCGCAUGUUACGUUGAUGAGCACUAUUUCCCCACCAUGCUAACCAUUCAAGCAGGGAAUUCCUUAGCAAACAGAAGCAUCACUUGGGUGGAUUGGUCAAGGGGUGGACCUCACCCAGCUACCUUUGGAAGAGCUGAUAUCACUGAGGAAUUCUUCAAGAGAAUGCUCGAGGGUCAUCGCUGCACUUACAACGACCGGAACUCUUCAAUCUGCUUUCUUUUUGGAAGAAAAUUUGCUCCAAGUGCUAUGGAACCUCUUCUGCAUUUAGCACCAAAGUUUUUGGGCUUCUAACACAUAAACCCUCAGUCAAAUCAAACUUCUUGAGCCGAAGAGCAUGCAAAAUUCCCUGUUUGUGGUGUGUAUUAUUUGUCAUCAUAGAAUUCAACCUCAGAUGUAAUAUUAUUAUUAGUUGAGGUUCACUUGAUAGCUCUUUGGCCAAACCCCCCUGUCCACAACAGUAUCAGAUGUAUAGAGAAGUAGCACACCUUAUUUAGCACUGCAUCAAAUUCACAUUUUUGUAUUCAGAAAUCGACAUUAGAAUAAAAUAUUUUAUAUUUGAAUAUCA